AAAUUGCGAAUUUAAAAAACAAGAAAAAUGUGGAAAAAGAAUUUGAAAUACUUUACAUAUUAUUCAUACAUUUACAGCGGCUAACAAUAGGAAAAAAAAAGCAUUAAACUCAUUCAUUUUCGAUUAGUACGUUAUCUAAUUUGUCUUAUAAGAUGUCAAAUGUUUUUGUGUCAUGUACGGCCCGGUUCGCAUUUCGAGUGCAUUUUUUAAUAACAAUAUAAAAAAUACCAACCAAAAAUUAGCGCAAAAUCGUUAAUAUUUCCAAUAUACAACCAUUGAUCACUUCACCUCUUUCUUGGUUGUUGAUUUUUUUUUUUUGAAAAGGAUCAAUUUCGUUCAAUCGCUAGUUUUCAAACAAAACUGGAGAUUGGAUUGUUUAAUUGGAGAUUUUUGUGCAAGCGACAAUAAGGAAAAUGGCAAUUCAAUAUACAUGCGGAGAUUUCAUGCUAUUUCAGGAACAAUUGAAGAAAAUGCGAAAUGUGGAUGAUAAAAUAAUUUAUGCAUUAAACACAUCAAUACCGACUGAAUCAUUUAAGGGACAAUUGAGUGCAACCGAGAAAUGCAAAGAUUUAUAUAGUUCAUUGGAAUCAACAUACGAGAGCCGAAAUAAUAUCAUUAAAAACUGCAUUGCAAUCACUGCGAAUCGUGUUAAAGAGCUGAAAUCAAAGAAAGACAACGAUCCCGAUGAUGUCAAUGUAUGCAAAGAUUUUAAAUCAGAACAAAGAAAGUUGCGGUUACUGCAGUCAGAACUGAGCGUAGAAGACAUAAUUAAGGAACGAACAAUGAAAAUAUUUUAUGAAAAAUGUAAAGUGUUCAUUAACUAAGAGAUGAAUGGCCAAAUAGACAUAUAAAAAUAGUCAAUUGAAAAUAAAUACUGUUUCGAUAUGGUGCGACAUAUUUUAUAGAAAAAAAA